CCGCCCGCCAUUGUGGGCUGCCGCGCCUGCGGCCGGGGCGGCGGCGCGGAGCGCAGCGGUCCGUCCCGUCCCUGAGUCCGGGGCAGGAGGAGGGGCCGGCAUGGAGGGCGACGGGACAGAGCCGGAGGUUGCUACCAAAAGUAUUGAAAGAGAACUCAUCUGCCCAGCAUGCAAGGAGUUGUUCACCCACCCGCUGAUCCUUCCUUGUCAACACAACUUGUGUCACAAAUGUGUGAAAGAUAUACUAUUCACAGUUGAAGACUCAUUUGCUGAUGCAGGUUCUGAAUCCUCAAAUCAGAGCAGCCCGCGGUUCCGAAUCUCUUCUGCUAGCAUGGACAAGAUUGACAGAAUUAGUAGAUCAGGCAGAAAACACAACUCUUUGACUCCUAGAACAACUAUGUUUCCUUGUCCUGGCUGCCUGCAUGAUAUUGAUCUUGGAGAACGUGGUGUCAAUGGCUUAUUUCGAAAUUUCACUUUGGAAACAAUUGUGGAGCGACACCGACAGGCAGCCAGGGCAGCCAUAGCUAUUAUGUGUGACUUCUGCAAACCUCCACCUCAAGAAUCCACAAAGAGCUGCAUGGACUGCAGUGCAAGCUAUUGCAAUGAAUGUUUCAAGGUGCACCAUCCCUGGGGAACUGUAAAAGCUCAGCAUGAGUACGUUGGACCAACCACUAACACCAGACUUAAAGUUCUGAUGUGUCCAGAACAUGAAAUGGAGAAAGUGAACAUGUACUGUGAAAUCUGCAGAAGGCCUGUCUGCCAUCUCUGUAAACUGGGUGGAUCUCAUGCAAACCACAGGAUAACAGCAAUGAGCACUGCCUAUAAAACUCUGAAGGAGAAGCUUUCAAAAGAUAUAGAGUAUCUCAUCAGUAAGGAGAGCCAAGUAAAAGCUCACAUCUCACAGCUGGGUCUUCUGCUGAAAGAAACAGAGUGCAAUGGGGAAAGAGCUAAAGAAGAAGCAUCUCAGAGUUUUGAGAAAUUAAUUAAUAUCCUGGAGGAGAAGAAGUCUGCAGCUCUUAGGGCAAUUGAAGUGUCUAAGAAUAUAAGGCUGGACAAAUUGCGAACCCAAGCAGAAGAAUAUCAAGGUCUCCUGGAAAACAAUGGCCUUGUAGGAUAUGCUCAAGAAGUGCUUAAAGAAACUGAUCAGUCCUGUUUUGUUCAAACAGCAAAACAACUUCACGUCAGAAUCCAAAAAGCUACUGAAUCUCUGAAGAGCUUCCGGCCAGCAGCUGAAAGCUCUUUUGAAGGUUUUGUGGUGGACACAACCAAGCAAGAAGUGAUCCUUGAUGACUUAUCCUUCUAUUCCAGUGGUCUGGAAGUACCAGAAAUCAAUGAGGAGCAAUGCAGAAUGUAUAACAAAGCUGUGAUCAGCUGGGAGUCCUCCAAGAAGACAGACUCUGCUGAAAUGUACGUUCUUCAGUAUCGCAAGCUUAGUAGAGAAGAGGAGAGUGUGAUGUGGCAGGAGGUUGAAGUUUGCAGCAAGAGCAAAGUCAUACCUGAUCUUGAUGAAGACAGUAGCUACGCCUUUAGAGUUCGAGGAUACAAAGGGUCCAUGUGUAGCUCGUGGAGCAAAGAAGUUAUUUUGCGUACACCUCCUGCUCCAGUUCUUAGCUUUCUUUUUGAUGACAAAUGCGGGUACAACAGUGAACGUCUCCUGCUGAACCCAGAAAGAACGUCUGUGGAAAGCAGGGCUGGAUUUCCUUUACUGCUAAGAGCUGAACGCAUGCAGUUCGGAUGCUACACAACCCUGAAUUACAUCAUUGGUGACACUGGUAUUGCCAAAGGGAAGCACUUCUGGGCUUUUCAUGUGGAGGCUUAUUCUUACCUGGUAAAAGUGGGAGUUGUUUCUAGCACCAGGAUACAGAAAUUUUUCCACAAUACACAUGAUGUGACAAGCCCAAGAUCUGAACAAGACAGUGGUCAUGACAGUGGCAGUGAAGAUGCCUGUUUGGAUUCAUCACAGCCUUUCACACUGGUCACUGUGGGCAUGAAGAAGUUUUUCAUCCCCAAGGCAGCUGCUGACCCGAAGGAAGCUGCUGACCCCAAGGAUGCAGCAAGAAUCCUUCCCCUGCCCUCCUGCAUGGGGAUCUGCCUUGACUGUGACAAUGGCAAGGUGGGCUUUUAUGAUGCCAGCCACAUGAAAUGCCUGUACGAGUGCGAGGUGGAAUGCUCAGGCAUAAUGUACCCAACAUUUGCCUUAAUGGGUGGUGCAGCAGUUCAUCUCAAGGAAGCCAUCCCAGCAAAGUACGUGGAAUACCAAGAUGACCUGUAGGUUAGUGCUCUACUGUUGCUGUUCUGAAAUUAAAAAUAAGAGCAGGAGCAUUUCACCUUUGUUUUCAGUCCUGAUUCAAAUACAGUAUACCUAAGAGCUGUACACGAGACUUUGGGUCACACUUCUGUGUUGCUUUGUUUGUUUGUUUGUUUGUUUGUUUGUUUGAGUAGUUCAGACAUUUCCAACAAAAGGAAAUGUUCUUCCAGGAACUCUCCUGCCUUUCUUGUGAUCUGUGUGAUGAUGAUCUCCACAAACCUUCCUCCUAGGGAAGGUGGGAAGGAAGUUUGACUAACAACCAAAAUUACUUUUCAGGGAUAGAAAUCUGCCUUUUAUGUAACAUAGAUUCUCAUAUAGUCAGUUUUGAGUUUAACAGACCAAACUGACAGGAUAUGAUUGCCAUUAUUCUUUGAGAUACCUGUCUUCAUGCAUCUGCAGGAUCAAAAUUGCACUAAUAGAAUAAAAAGCAGUGAGAAAUGAAAACUGCAGGUGAACAUUUAGGCUGUGUUUGGAAGGAGGAGGUUAAACUAGAAACUUAAUUUCAUAUAAGUGUAAUGUAACUGUAAGCUGAAAGUAGUUCUAACACCUGAUGUAGAGUUGAUGGUAUAAUUGUAAGUUCAUGACCUGUUCCAGGCUUUUAGUGUAGACAUAAAAUAUAUAAAGUGCAAUUUGACCCUAAAUGUCAGACUUCCAAGUCUGAUAUCUGAAGUUUUUGCAUGUAUGAGUAGCAAGCAGUACCUGGUUUUAGGCAAAAGUAAAUAAGUACUUAUUUUGUAAGAUAAGUACAAAGUUUUUAGUAAGAAUGAUAAAAUCAUUAGUAAGAAUGAUAAAACUGAAUCACUGAUUCAGUUUUGAGACUCAAUUUCUGCCUUACAAGGCAUCUCUGUUCAGAUUUCUGUUCCGCUCAUGUUAAACACUGUAACAUGUUGUAGUGCUUGCAUCUGUUUGGAAGAAAUUUACACAAGCAGAAAUCAAACGUUUGAGUACUUCUACUGUUAAUUUUAAUUACUGAAAAACAAGGUUCUGAAGUGAAGGACGUUUCUAAAAUACACUCAAUUUUUUAUGAAUUUGGGGAUAUAAUGUUGCAUCUUGAUGAAUGUGAAGUAUGUUUACUAAAUACCUGUGUAUAGCUGUAGAGCAGUGAAUGACCUGAAAAUUGCAGGUGGGCACCACUGGUGGUGGAUUGACCACUUGCCUUGGUCUUAGAGGUCUUUUCCAAAUGUUACGAUUCUUUGGUCCUCUUAUCUUAUGAGACUGGCUCUCUAGCUGUGAAGGAUGAUGAAAGAUCUGGGAUUUGCUUCUUUCUUUAAUCUUAAAACUUAUCUUUUUGGUCCAUACCAGAUAUUAAACUGAUCAAAGGACAAAUCUUCCAUAGAAUUUUCCACAUGAUCCUGAUGGUUAGCUCUGAACAAGCUGCACACGUACAAGGCUUCCCCAUCUGAUGUAUUAUUUUGCAUUUAAUAAGAUUGAGUCUGUUCUGCCAUCUUACCUAGUCACUUGGUACUGAGGCCUUCCUGCAUAGUAAACACAAGUCUUUACCUACUCUUGCAGCAGCUUCAGUUAUAAUGAGACAGAGCAGUUUUAUUCCCGCUGAUAAAAUGUACCAUUCCUUCAAUCUGUUUUUUGUUAUUCUGCCACUGGAAAUCCUUACAUUUUUGUAUGCUCUAUGGACUAGAUUACAAGUGCUCUUUGUUACUCAAGUUAUCAGUCAGACUCAGAAGUCAGGAUUCCCUUUUCUUUAGCUAUGGCUUAUCCCAGUGUGCAAUUUUCCUUCUUCCACUUAUCUACCAAAUAUCGGUUUAAAGCUACAGAUUGUAGAGUCGGAUUUCCUAGUCUGUUAUUCCCAGAUCAAAUCUCUUUCUACAGGUAAGUAUCUCAUUUUUUAAUUCUUCUGUUUUAGAAGUUGUUAUAAAUUACAGGUUUUAUGUCUCAGUUACCACUCUACAGUUCCACACUUACAUCUUUAGAAGCAUCUGGACCAAUAUGACCAGGCUUUAGCUUUUCAUUACUUUAUGAAAAUUGUCAUAAAAUAGCCACAGCAUCUUAAAUGUGAAGAUAAGUCAUUCUGAAGGACUAUCUUUUAAAAGAAGGGGGCAAAAAAAAGGUAGUGAUUUAAGAAAACAGAAGUAAAGGAAGAAGAAUUCAGUUUUUUUCCUACUAUAUCUUUGCCAUUCAUUGAAGAUGUGCUCUGCUAUGCAAUUACUUAUUCUACUGGACACAGGCUGGUAUUACUGAAAACACUUACCUGCCUUUUGGUAUGUCAGUUUGUAAGUAUCUCAUUCAUCAUUUUAAAAUUGGUAUGGCUUUUGGUGUAGAAUGCCUUGGAUGUAAGGGUUUUCAUCGCAGUGCUAUAUGGCGCUUGCUCCAGUUUAUUAAAUAGAAGCUGACUGUCAGAGGCAAAUGAUUUUUUCCACCUGUCAGAGAUACAGUUCAGUAGUACAUGCCUACACUGACACUUACUUUUCCAAAACAAUUUUCUUCCUACAAAACAGCACUUUACAAUGUGGACUAAGCUAAGAAUGGUGUGAUAUUGUGUGGAUCUCUGUGCAAUAUAGCUGUCUGGUGACUACUGUGUGAUUUGCAAAGCUCCAUUCAGGUGUGAAUCAUGUAGACCCUUUUUAAGUAUCUAAAGCUUUAACAAAAAGGCCUUAUUUAAAAAUACUCUGAAAUGUAAAUGUGAUGUCAGUUUUUUUCUUUUUUUCUAAAUAAAAGCUGAGAAUACUGUA